AGGGGUCAUGUGACCAUGAAAGUCAUGUCACUAGUAUAAAUCCUCAGACAGACCACGAACUGCUUCUCUCCCAGCCCUGUAUCCGGUUCGGUUUGGCUGUUACGUGAGCCAUGGCAGACCAGGCUUUUGUCACCCUCGCCACAACUGACAAUUAUGCCAAAGGAGCAAUGGUACUUGGCAAGUCCUUGAGGAACCACAACACAUCGAGGAAACUAGUGGCCCUGAUUGGCCCCCAUGUCUCGGAACCCUCCAGAGCAGUGCUUCAUAAAGUCUAUGAUGAGGUCAGGCUGGUGGACGUCCUGGACAGUGGGGAUGCUGCACACUUGGCCAUGAUGAAGAGACCUGACCUGGGCGUCACCUUCACCAAACUCCACGGCUGGACUCUUACAGAAUACUCCAAAUGCGUGUUUAUGGAUGCAGAUACUCUAGUUUUGUCUAACAUAGAUGAGUUAUUUGAGAGAGAGGAACUCUCUGCUGCACCAGAUCCCGGCUGGCCUGAUUGCUUCAACUCUGGUGUGUUCGUCUUCCGUCCCUCCAACGAGACUUAUGGGAAGCUUCUCACCACCUGCUCUGAGAAUGGCAGCUUUGAUGGUGGGGAUCAGGGCAUUCUCAAUAGCUUCUUCAGUGAUUGGGCAACAGCAGACAUUUCAAAACACCUUCCUUUCAUCUACAACCUCAGCAGUAUCGCCAUCUACACCUAUCUCCCAGCAUUCAAGCAAUACGGCCGCGAUGCCAAGGUAGUUCAUUUCCUUGGCAAAGUCAAACCGUGGGAUUACAGUUAUGACACCACAAGCAAAACAUUAAAGGGACAGUCCCAGGAUGCUUCUGACAUGCACCCCAACUUCUUGCUGCAAUGGUGGGAGCUUUUCUCUUCUUCAGUAUUGCCCCUCAUGAAGGAGGAAUACGGUGACCAGCCCUUCCAUUCCGGAUGCACAGAGUUUCGUGUCACAUGGGAUAUUGCAGCCUACACAGACACAACUAUUUUUAGAAAUGCUUUUGUGUUGGGUAAAAAUCUCUUCCUGAAUGACUUUCCAUCAACUGACAUGGUUCAUAGUGAUAUUCACGUUGAUGUGGCUCAGAUGCACAUAUCCCAUCAUCCCCCUCCACCUCAGAUGUCGUCUCAGGAGCGCAAACAGAAGUGGGAACAUGGCCAAGCUGACUACAUGGGACUGGACUCUUUUGAGAACAUAGAGAAAAAGCUAGAUUCUUUCUUGAAGUGAGAGACUCAUAGGAACGGAUCAGCAGAUCUAGUUUUGUACUAGGGUACGUAUAGGCCAUGAAAUCACAUUAAAAA